UUUCGACAAAUUUUAACACUUUGCAACCCAAAAUUGAAAAAAGGACGGUUCAGAUCUCAUCUCAUAUGUGCAGUUGGCUUAUUUUUACUGUCAGCGCAUGCGCUGUUGCUUCGUAAUCGUUCGAGCAGCUUGGGCGUUUUGUGGAUGCCCCCUGUUUUGUCUUGCGAAAGAAUAGCCGUCGCCAUGUUGUAGGCAGAUUGUGUCCUUGCUGUGAGCGCGUAAAAUGUGAAAAUAUCAGAUAUAGUUAAGAUUUCGCAAAUAACGUGAGGUACCUAUUUGUAGAUCGAGGUACAAGGAAUACAAUAGUGCUGUUUUUAACGACGGAUGACCGUUUCCCACUGGAAUAAUUUGUGAUUACAUGAUGAAGUAUCAGCGAUGAGUGACGAGACUACGGGGGCAGGGCAGGGGGCUCUGCCCCCGCGUGAAGGCCAGACUGGCCUAAGAACUGCAUCUGACCGACCCCCAACAUCUGGCACCACAGUGCGGUUAACCCAAGUUGUUGGUGGCCAGUAUGUUAUCACCUCGCAACCUCAUGGAAUGCCUUCAUUGACACAGAUCAGUCCAAGUUCCGUGUCAAGCAGUCCGGGCAGCAUGGGUGCCCACGCUGGUCAAACAGGUGUAACCCGAAUAAUCAGUAUCAGUCCUUCGCGCAGUCAGUCAACAUCUCCACUGCGCCCCAGCGUAGCCAAUCAGUCCAUUGUCAAUGUGCUCACUUCAAAGACCAGACCAGGCACAAAUGUGCGACUCCAGCUUUUCUCUUCCUCUGGAGAUGGCCAGAUGGGGCAAACUACUAGUGCCACUUUGUCCCCUAGGUACAAUUAAUUAAUUACCAUUAAAUAUAUGGUUUUAAAAUUUUA